GUUAUAGUUAUAGUUAUAGUUAUAGUUAUAAUACAAUUAAAAUUUUAGCUACAUUUAUAGAAACAUGGUGCAUAAAUGUUGUGUGCCCAAUUGCACAUCAAAUAAAAAUAUUCCAAGGCACCAAUUUCCAAAAGAUGUGCAACGAACAGAAAUAUGGCUUGCAGCAAUAAAAAGAACAGACUUGAUUGGUGUACAAAGGGAAAUAUUAGAUAAGUUAAGAAUUUGCACUAUUCAUUUUUCAAAUGAUAGUAUUUAUAAUUAUACUCAAAGACGAAUUUUAAAAAGUAACGCUAUUCCAUCAUUAUAUUUACCGAGUGAAAUAAAUGACGAUAUUGAAGAACCUAGAAUUAUAAUUAAUUAUGAUGCGUUUGUGCAUAAAUUAUGUGCUUUGCAUCACAUUUUUUAAUCACACCGGAUUUUUUUAUGUUUAUAUCCGACAGUUCGUAGUCUGUUUAAAGUGGGACGGGAAAAUGUUAUGUAAAGCAUUUUUAUAUGUGAAUUACAUUAUAUAUAUAUAUAUAUAAUUUAUAAUUUAGCAAUACAUGUAACACGA